AAAUUCUCCGUUGCAAUAGAAAUAAUUUUUUUCUUCAAUUCCAUCCCAAAUCACGUAAAUUCAACUCCAAAAACCCUCAGCCGUUGGAUAAAUAAGAACGUUACCAACACCACCACCAACUGUACUUAAAAAGGCCGUAAAAACCUUGGCUAACUCAUCACUAGCCGUUACUUGCUCCUCCUCCUCUCUCUUCUCCAACUUUCUCUCUCUAAAUCCAGGAAAACUCUAAUGGCAACAGCUUCGAUCGAAUCCCGAUCCGCUGCUCCCCUCGACAAGGGAUCUCCGAGCUUGAGGAGCUCUACGUCUCCUCCGUUAUUCAGCCCGUCCUCCGAUAAGCGCUUUUGGAGGGCGCUCAGAAGCCGCGUGGACGCGCUUGUCGAGAGCCGAAAGCCGAUCGUGCAAGCGUCGACCCGGCAGAAGGUGAGGGUAAAUCGAAAUCCGAUCUCGAAGGUUUUGGGUGCUGAUUGGGAGAUGAAUCCUGAAGCGAUUGACCCAGCGAAGAGAUUGAAGGAUGACUCGAUGCUUUUGCUGAGAGGGUUCGAUUCAGUGGCUCAGUCUCUUUCCCAGCUUUCUAACAAUCUGGAAAAUGCUCUUCAGGUUAGACUCUAUGAAACAGAAGAGGAAGAUGAUAAUGAGACAGAUAAGAGAGGACUGAAGAGAAAGCUGGAUUCCAACCAGUGCACAGAAAAUCAAGAUGAAGUAGGUUCACUUGAAACAGAGCAAAAGGUCCCGAAUGAGCUGGAAAAAAUCAAAAGAGCUAAAAGUAUUGCAAUUUCUAUGGCCACAAAAGCUGCCAGCAUGGCUAGAGAAUUGAAGUCGAUGAGAUCCGAUUUGGGGUUUAUGCAAGAAAGGUGUGGUCUAUUAGAGGAAGAAAAUAGAAAACUUCGUGACGGGUUAGAUAAGGGGAUCCAACCAGAUGAAGAUGAUUUGGUAAGGCUUCAAUUAGAAGCACUUCUGGCAGAAAAAUCGAGACUGGCGAACGAGAAUGCAAACUUGAAGAGGGAAAACCAGUGCUUGAACCAGCUUGUGGAGUACCACCAGCUGACUUCACAAGAUCUCUCGGCAUCUUAUGAAAAUCUAAUUAAGGAUUUGGGAAUCGAUUUUUCGUCUCCCACUGAAAAUGAUGACAUGAUGAUGCCCUUUAGAACACCGAUUGGAGCAGAUAUGAUGUCCGGGUUCCCUAAAUCAUUGGAUAAGUGCUUUGAUGAAGAACUAUGAAUGAAGAGCAGGAACAAGACAACAAGAAUUUCUUUCUCUAUGCCAUCUUAUUUGUGCCUAGGUUGUAAUUUUAAUAUUGGGUUUUCAUUAGUGCUUAUUAUUGAUUGGAAAUGAAACUUUUAUUACAGUCCUCAUCACUGAGAGUUUCUUUUGCAAGCUUGGAAAAAUAGCCUAAACACUCAUGUAUGUAUCAAAGGUUCAAACUUCAACGUACUAAAUUUUAUCAGGGUAUUGGUUCUGGUCUUGGAAAAGAGAGUUGUACUGAACAAUUUUGAUCUUUUCUUUCUUCCCUGUUGUUAUUAUAGCACAAGAAGAAAGCAUAUUAAUUUAUAGUUGAAGCAUAGAACUUUCGG